AUGAGAUCGUUACCACCACCCAGAAUCACUCGAGCAAGAAGAUGGAAACGCAUCAAACGUGCAAUGAAAAACUUGCUCACAAAGGGGUACAUUUCAGACUAUGGUGUUUUCCAUAGGAAGUCAUCGCUUUAUUCACGUCAUUUUUAUUCCAUCACCAAAAUCCACAAGCUGCCUAUUUUGUCAAGAAUGAAGAAGAGAAAGACAGACAUGCAAGUGUUUCAAACUGCAAACUCAGGAUUACGAUUCGCCAAACAUUUCGGUACAUUUGUGGCCAAGCUUUCAAUUCCUGGAUUGAAAGAGGACUUGUUUGGAUCUAGAAGGGGGAAAAUGAGGUUAUCGUUGAAGAUGUAA